AUGUCGACGCCUCAUCGUGGCCUACCGCCGCCAUCAGCCAUGACCCUACCUCCAGAUUCUGGAAGACCAUCCUACCAACCCCAGCAAUCGUUCGGUCAUAUGCCAAGUGCUCCGAGUACUUUCGACAAUCACGGCGAGUCGUACAGACUGUGGAUGUCCGCCAAAGCUGAGGAGGAGAAGCGGAAGCAGGAAGAAGAGAGGACGAGGCAAGAGAAUUGUCGACUCGAGCAACGACGCCUCGAGCAGUCGAUGCUGCGAGAAGCGUUACAGUCAGGCGUGCCUCCUGCGGCGGUUCCGAUGAUCUAUGCUGGCAUAGGUGGAUCGCAUCUGGCGCAAAUUAGCGGGGAAUGGUUACAACAGUAUGCUGGACAAUUGCAGGCAAACCAGCAGCACGUCAUCCAGCAACAGCAGUCUUCACCGGAGCUUCGAAGAGAGACCAGACUCAUCGGCCAGGCGCCGCCAUCGUAUCCAGUCCAGCAGCCAAUCCAAGUCGUCCCGAGCCAGCACUCUGAGCAACCACAGCAGCCUCCACAUCCACAGCAUGCCACUUUCUCAGCAUAUCAACCAGCUCCUGCUCGAGCUCCACCGACAUCUGCUCCUCGAUCCGCGACACAUACCUCUCUUCCUAGGCUGACGACAGCCGACAUCUACAACAAUCAGCCCCAGCAACACCAGAACCCCGGCAGCGCGCAUCCUCUGCAGCAGAGCCAGACCAUCUCACAAGAGCAAACCACCUCUUCACCUUCGAUAUACUUCCAUCAUUGGGUUCCUCCGAACGAGUCAAAAGGGACGCAACCACAAACGCCAGCCAGCAAAGGAGAGUCAUACUCAUCUCAUCCCGGCUCCCACCUGUCCGAAGGCGACUACAAAGAGUCUCCUCGCAAGCGGAAAGCGCAAGGACCACACCAACCUGCUCCUCCGCCUUCAGCUGGACCGCAGUAUACCUCGCCCUCUUUCAGCAACGCCUCGUCAACUUCGAGGAAGAAGGCCAGCCGCCAUCGAUCGAACAGCAACGUUUCCGCAAGAGAAGGUGACAGCAGACCAGACAGCCGGCGGGACCAAGAGCCCCGGCGGUCGUUGCAAGCUGAUUCGAGCCAUUCGUCUGCGGGAGAGCGACCGCAGAAUGAGUCUUCUGCUCCGGCGGCUGAAGAGAGGGGUGGGAGGUCGUCGACGGAGGCACAGCAGGACCACAAGUCUGAGCGGCCUGGCGCAACUCCACCACCACCAACCACACCUCAAUACCUCGCAACAGUAAAUGCUCUCAAGAGUAGUCGCAAGACUACCGAGAGCAUCCUCACAAUACCAAAGAUGUGA